AGGUGAUGCAAUGCCUGAAGAAUUCAUUUUGCCAGGGUUCCCACAACAGAGCACAGGAGACGACGAAGCUUUCCCUGGCCUGCCGGAGGAGGAAAACCAAGUCCCGGGAGGAGCGGAAAUGAGUGAUUUCGCUCGAGAGGAAAAGGAAAACGUCUUUGCUGUUGGACGACGAGGAGACCUUCCGCUCACGAGUCGCCAGAGCCAUCUCGCUUUCCCCGUCAGCCAGCAGGGGAAUCUGCAAAGAAAAAUUCCUCCUUUGGUACAGCAAGCGAAGGCCACACCGCCUGCGAACCAACAAAGAAAUGCUCCCCUGCAAGGGCAUCAACAAAGAAACAUUCUGUUGCAAGUAAACCAGCAAAGAAAUGUUCCAUCGCAGGUGAACCAACAAAGAAACGUACCUGCGCGAAUGAACCCCCAAAGAAACAUUCCUGUCCAAAUAAACCAAAAUAGAAACAUUCCUGGACAAGUAAACUCUCAAAGAAACAUUCCUGCGCAAAUAAACCAACAUAGAAACACUCCUGGACAAAUAAAAUCUCAAAGAAACAUUCCAUCGCAAAGAAACAUUCCAUCGCAAAUAAACGCUCAAAGAAACGACAAUAUCCCAGUGUUAACGUCCUUGUUCCCGACAUCUCGUAAUGUAACUACGCCUGAGAGUAAUGUGCUCCUCAUUACAGCUGUGCCGAGGUGCGGUACUGUGACCCUGGGUGCAUUGUUACGCAGGUUGUCCUCCGAGAACAAGUUCCUCCUCGAGACGCCCCACGACGACGUCAAACCUUGGAUGACGAACGGGGAAAAGCAGUCCCUCCUGCAGCGCCUUCGGGGCCUGUCGAAGGAGGCUCCUGUGGCUUACUUGCGACAUGUUCUCUUCUUCGACGCUGCCAGAAUCGGUAUUUUGAAGCCAAACUGGAUGGCCAUUGUGAGAGAUCCAGUAGAGAGAAUAAUCAGUCAGUUUUACUACUUGAGGAAGAUGUCAACAGACAGCUAUGUCAAGUCGCUGGAUCUGAACUACUGCGUGAGAACAAAGAAUCCCCUGUGCUUUUACAAGGCAGGAAGCACGAAGAUGCUACAACUUUCCUUCUUCUGUGGUCACAGUAAGAAGUGUAUGGAAGUGGGGGACCGACGAGCCCUGCAGAUGGCCAAGUACCACGCCGAGAUGUUCUACAGCGUGGUGGGCGUGUUGGAGGACAUGGGCGCCACCUACAGGGUCCUCCGACACUACCUGCCGAGGUUCUUUCAGCGGAGUUUCAGGAUGGAUAUCGUAACAGAGAACCAGCGCUACAACGCCCACGAGACGCCUCGCACGCCCACGGUCCUCAACGCCACGAAGGCCCUCAUGAAGUCUUUCCUGAAGGAGGAUUACGAGCUCUAUCACUUCCUUCGUCAGAGAUUGCACCUUCAGGAGAAGACGUUGUAGGAUCUCCUUUUUUACCUGAAGUUUUUUUCUUUUAUUUUAGUUUAGUUUUUAUCUUUUGU